CAAUGACUGAAGACGGGGCAAGUGCGGGAGCCGAUGGAAGAAGGAGUGGUGCAGGGGGAGGAACAGCGAGGAGCGCAAAUGAAAUCGAGCCAGUGUUGACUAUAGGAUUCGUUAACACCAGGCGCAGGUUCUCAGAUCCACAUUAGGAACUCCCGGUCCUUCGCUUGCAGCUAACGGGGAAACGGCUACGUGACCCAGGCGCUGAUUGGACGCGGGAUACCGCCGCCAUCUUUGUUGGGGUCUAUGUUCCGCGGCACGCAUGCGUGGUGACUCUGGAGGGAGGCAAUUUGCAGCAGUUUGACAGGGCUACAGUGAGAAAGGAAGGACUGAAGACACAGCAAACUCAGCAAGAGAGGCGUUUGUCCAUUCUGAAUUUUUGUCCUGAACUGAAUGUGAUGGAUUUUAUUUUAGCAAAAUCCUUUGAUAGCGGGUUAGACAGAGAGUCUCUUCUGAAUUUCUAUCCUGGAGCGACCGUGAGGGAAUUUUCGUCAAGUACUUUUGCAGGUUAUUAAAUGGGAAUCAUUUGCGCUCAGGAAACUCCAACCAAACCUUCGUAACAGCACCGUGGUAUAUUACCUGUCAAAGACUUCAGUGGCUCAAGAAGGAAGUUCCCCAUUUUUUCCAGAGCAGUUAGAGUUUGGGAAUAAUUACUGGUGCUCUCAUCCUUGAGCAAAUAUUUUCAAAAAAAUCAAAAUCAAACGAGGACUUGAAUAUCAAUAGUAUUUGAGAGUGGAAGGAAAACGGUUUGAUUUGUCUGCUUGGAAAAAAAUUCAGAUCUAUAUCUGACUGUGAAGGGCUUUGGAAAAGGACAAUCUUCAGUCAAGAAGCACAAACCAAACACCAAGAAUUGAGGGAGACGCUCAUCAGGAUCUGAAUUUCAUCGUAUUUUGAACAUGGAAGGAGAGAAAUUGUACACAUGUUCUGAAUGUGGACAAGGCUUCAGUCGAUCCUCUGGCUUGUCAAGGCACAAGCGUAGCCACACUAGAGAGAAGCCAUGGAAAUGCAGGGACUGUGGGAAAGGAUUCAACUACCCCUUCGAAGUGGAAAUUCAUCAGCGCACUCAUACUGGGGAGAGGCCAUUCACCUGCCUUGAGUGUGGGAAGGGAUUCACCAAGUCGUCCGAACUGCUGACACACCAGCGGGUUCACACUGGCGAGAGGCCUUUCACCUGCACUGAGUGUGGAAAGGGAUUCACUCGAUCAUCCCACCUCUUGAAACACCAACGAGUUCACAAUGGCGAGAGACCGUUCCGGUGCUCUCACUGUGGCACUGGGUUCAGACAAUCGUCUCACCUCACUGUCCACCAGCGCAGUCACACUGGGGAGAGACCCUUCACUUGCUUGGCCUGUGGCAAAGGAUUCACUCGCUCGUUCGACCUGCUCAGACACAAGCAGAUCCACACCGGGGAGAGGCCAUUCACCUGCUCUGAGUGUGGGAAGGGAUUCACUCAGUUGUCCAAUCUCCUGAGGCACCAACUCGUUCACAAUAGUGAAAGGCCCUUCAAAUGCGAAGACUGCGGGAAGUGCUAUAAAAGUUCUGGGGAACUGAUGUCCCAUCAACGUGUGCACACGGACGAGAGACCAUUCAGGUGCUCUCACUGUGGAACUGGGUUCAGGCGAUCAUCUGACCUCGCUGUACACCAGCGAGGUCACACUGGGGAGAGGCCGUUCACCUGCUCUGAGUGUGGGAAGGGAUUCAUUUCCUCAACCACCCUGCUGACACAUCAGCGAGUUCACCAAGGGCAGAAACCAUGGAAAUGUGCCGUCUGUGGGAAAGGAUUCAUUUCUCCAUCCAAGGUUGAAACCCAUCGACGCAGUCACACAGGGGAGAGGCCGUUCACCUGCUCUGCGUGUGGGAAGGGCUUCACACAAUCGUCCAACCUGCUGAGACACCAACGGGUUCACACUGAGGAGAGACCGUUUAAGUGCUCCGAGUGUGGGAAGUGCCACAAAAGCUACGAUGAACUGGCAUGCCAUCAACGGGUUCACACCGAGGAGAAGCCAUUCGGUUGCCCUCGCUGCGGGACUGGGUUCAGGCGCUCGUCUGACCUCAGUGUACACCGGCGGGUUCACACCGGCGAGAGACCGUUCACCUGCUCCGAGUGCGGGAAGGGCUUCGCUCAGUCGUCCAACCUGCUGACCCACCAGCGGGUCCACACCGGGGAGAGGCCGUUCUCCUGCUCCGAGUGCGGGAAAGGCUUCACUGCUUCGUCUGUUCUUCUGGCGCACCAGCGGGUUCACACCGGGGAGAGGCCAUUCACCUGCUCCGAGUGCGGGAAGGGCUUCACGUCCUCGUCCACCCUGCUGACCCACCAGCGGGUUCACAGUGAGGAGACCCCGUUCAUGUGCUCUCACUGCGGGACUGGGUUCAAGCACUCCUCUCAACUCAUUGUACACCAGAGACUUCACAGUGGGGAGAGACCAUUCACCUGCUCUGACUGCGGGAAGGGAUUUACUCAGUCAUCCCACCUACGGAGGCACCAGCAUGUUCACCAGUGAAUGCAGCGAUCACGUUUCGUUGUUAAAUCAGACCCUGGAAGAAUUUAUAAUUAAUAAGGAGACAGAUCACUAUUUGACUUUAAAGAAGGCGUUGAAACCAUUAAGAUACAAUCACUGGCAAAUGAGAGUGAAAAUCAUGCAGUUGGUUGUCAGAAUUUUUCAAUUUUGUUUGCAAAAUGUCAGAAGACUGGGAAAUUGCAAACAUUUGUGCCGUUCGUCAAAACAAAAUUGGGGUCAAGAUAAGUCUAUGACCUGCAGCCCACCCAGUUUAGUUUGGGUUGUUCAGAAUCCUCUAGAAAAAUUAGUUUGGGACAAAAUUGGUUAUCACAAAGACAAUUUUUUUUGUUAGAGUAGGAAGAGCUAGCACGAAUUUAUUGGUUAUCACAAAGACAAUUUUUUGUUAGAGUAGGGAGAGCUAGCACGAAUUUAUGAGGCAAAGGUUUUGUUUAACCAACUUGCUAGCGAUUUCUUUUUGAGGAAAUAAGAGGAUUGAUCAGACACACUCUGUUUUGUACUGCCUGUGGAAUUCCAAAAGGCUUUUGAUACAGUGCUAAACAACAGACUUGAGGAGAGAUCCUGGAAUAAAACACAGUAACGAUAUGGAUACAGAAUUGACUGCGAGGCAGUAAACAGAGAGGAGUGGUUAAUGGGUGUUUUCUUUUCAAGCUGAUGGAAGGCUUAUCGUCCAGUUCCUUAAAGUUUCAACAUUGACAGUUACCUUUCCUAUUAUUCUUUUGUCAUGAAUUGGUUUGAAACCAACUUUCGCACACAUCUAUAAUGAUUCGGUGACUAAUUUUAAAAUACAACCUAAUAAAGAUAAAUGCCACAACCGUAUGAUUGGACGAAGCAGUAGCCUCUUGGACACUUCUUUAUUAGUCGAAGUGGGCUGCAGAAUCAAAAGCUCAUGUACUUCCUGAUGGGACGGAGGUAUUAAAAUAUUAUGCUAAAAACUGCAAUGGAGAUAGGAGUCAAAUGAGUGUAAGUUACCACUAUCCUGUAAAACAAUGUAAUUUCCUCACAUAAUCUCUGAGAUGAGCCAUCGGCAGCUUUUUCUCUCCCUGCCCCCAAAAUCUGCAACGCAAGCCUCUAUCUUGAUGGUAACUGUUUAAUGCUGACCAAGGAGUUUGCAGCUCAGUUAUUUUGAAACAUAUGUCAAUCACAGGGUCAAUGUUACUUCAGACAACAUCUACUGACAGUAUCCAAACCCCUAGCCUCACUUUGUAGCCUGGUCCUGUUUUUAUGUUCUCUGCUUGUUUUCAAGUUACUUUUAUCAAUACAGCAAAGUAGAAUUGACAUUUCAGCAAAAUGCUUCCACCCCUGAUAAAUUGGUAUCCGUACAUUGUUUUAGAAUUUUUAGGCUAUUGCUAACUGUUUUUAUUAUUAUUAUUAUUAUUAUUUGUAUCUCUCCUUGCAUGUUUUGUGAGUGUGUCUCUAUUUCCAAAUCAUCUCUCCCACCCCCACAUCCAAAUAGUG